UUCACAUUAAACCACGUGCCCCAGAUCCAAUAUGCGUAUUCAUGUACCGUUAUUCGCUUAUCUGAUAUCCAUUAUUAUUGUGUGAUCGUUAAAAAAAUUAACAUUAAACGUGCAAAAUCAGAUUAGCCCAAAGUUUUCGGAUGCGUAAUUCAAAGCCCGUUCCCUGUAUUCGUAUUCCGCUCCCACAAUCCCUCUGUAAUUCCAGGGUGGGCUCGCUACACAGUGAGCUUGUUUUGUUUCGUAUACGUGUUCGGAAGCUGGGCCUCAGAUAGUGCGACUCUUGAAACGAGAGCUUCAUUCAGGCUCGCUGGACUUUCAUUUUAAUAGCUGCAGCGUGACAUCCGUGCGAGGAGGAGAAGGCGGUUCUGCAUACCGGCUCGCCACCCGAUCCCUGAGCCAGCUCGUCAGAGGGAGAGGGUCGCCGGGAAUUUCUUAACGGAAGUGAGGCUUCGUAUCCAGCAGUGCCCGCUUGUCAUCAGAGGACCAGCCGCUGAGCCGAGUGGAGGGGCAGCAGUGCGGUGCAGUGAAGUGCCGUGCAGAGCCGUCAGGACACCGUAGGAGGAAAGCAGCCCCCGUCCGUUAGCAUGGUGCAGAAAAACAGACAGACGUACGCCUGUGUUACAAAGAUGUUGACCUAAAGUGAAUGCAAUAGAUGAAUGCCAUAAGUUUUGUGUGCCACCAUCUUCUAUAGGGAAAUGGAACUUUCAGAAGAAAAUGUGGUGUGCUCCACUCUGCUUUACCAAGCUCUGUAAUCUAAGAAAAUUAUAAAACCUUAAACUGGGCUCAUUAGGAGACCUUCCAAAGACCAGGAAGAAACCCAAGUGGAUAUUUAGUCAUCACCCAGAAUACAACCAUGGAUCUCUUGUCAAUCAGUAUUAAGAAAGAGAGUGACUUAGAGUAUGGAGAAUACAAAGAGGACAUUACUGAUCUGAACAUUUCAGCUGCUAUUAAAGUCGAGAUUCCAAAUUUGCAGUCUGACGAGGACGACAUCGCCACAAAUCAGGAUUCUGAAACCAAAGUAGAGUGUAUUGAUUGGAGGCUAGAGCCAGGAAAGAAGGAGCCUAGUCCCAUCAAAGAGAUUGUCCGUAAUGAUCUACCUGACCAAGAUCUUAAAGUCUGUAGCACUACAGAACGAAAAAUUAAAACAAUUAGUUGUCGUCAGAAUGGGGAUACAAACAAGCAGAAAUCUGACACUCAGACACCUCAAAUGAUAAUAGUGUCUGGUGAAAAACGAUAUAAAUGUUCUAGCUGUGGGAAGGCAUUCAGUCAUUUAUCUCGCCUGAAAACACACCUGAGAGUCCACACCGGAGAAAAACCGUAUAGUUGCACUGAGUGUAGCAAAACCUUCGGUCAUUUAUCCCACUUAAAAAUACACCAGAGGAUUCACACGGGAGAAAAACCCUUCGGUUGUGCCGAAUGCAGCAAGACGUUUAGCCAGCUGAAUCACCUCAAAAGACAUCAGAGGAUUCACAGCACUGAAAAAUCGUUUAAAUGUUCUGAGUGUGGUAAUAGUUUCCAUCGGUUAUUAACCCUUAAAAUACACCAAAGGAGCCACUUGGGAGAUAAGCCAUAUAUUUGUUCUGAAUGUGGGAAGUCCUUCAGUAAGUUUUCCAACCUUAAAACACACCUGAGAACUCACACAGGAGAGAAGCCCUACAGUUGUGUGGAGUGCUCAAAGACCUUUAGUCAAUUAAAUCACCUUAAAAGACACCGGAGAAUUCACACAGGAGAGAAACCGUAUAGUUGCGCCGAAUGUGGCAAUGUUUUUAGCAGGUCACUGACGCUUAAAAUGCACCAGAGGAUCCACACGGGAGAGAGGCCCUACGUGUGUUCUGAAUGUGGCAAGACCUUCAGUAAGGUGACCAAUCUUCAGACCCAUCAGAGGAUUCACACUGGAGAGAAACCAUAUAGUUGCAAAGAAUGCGGAAAGACCUUCAGCCAGUUAACUCACCUUAAAGCUCAUCGGUGGAUUCACGUCGGAGAGAAACCGUACAACUGCCUUGAUUGUGGGAAGUCCUUCAGCCGAAUGUUGACCCUUAAAACUCACCAGAGAAUUCACACGGGAGAAAGGCCUUACGUUUGCCCAGACUGCGGCAAAACGUUUAGCGAAUUUACCAACCUUAAUACCCACUUGAGGAUUCAUACAGGUGAGAAGCCAUACAGUUGUGUUGAAUGUGGGAAGGGCUUCAGUCAGUCAGCCCACCUAAAAGCACAUCAGUGGGUUCACACGGGAGAGAAACCAUACCGUUGUACCGAAUGUGGGAAGUCGUUCAUUCACUUAUUAAGUCUUAAAAGACACCACAGCCGAUGCCACAUGAUCAUGCUAAAUGCGAUGGAAUCUUCAGUGACUUACUGAACAUUUCUUUAAAGUGUACCAGAUUGCCAUCUGAGUAGUCCUCGCUUCUCCAGGAGUUAAAUAGCUAUAAAGUUUCACACAAUUAGAAAAUUUCAGUUUCUAAAAUUAGCUAUGAAACUGGGACAAUAAUCUUUUUAUUUUAUUAGAGCAUGAAUUAAAGUUUGCAUGCAGGGCCUCCAUGGGAUGAUAUACUAUUGUCACUGGUAAGAAAUUGUUUGGAGUCCCAUCCUUCCUUAUUUCAUUUCCUCACAUGGAGAGUACAGAAUCUGGAGUGAUUUCUAAUCAGGGACACGUAGGGGAGUUGCGAGUGUAGCGAGGCUGAGAAAGAGUGUCUGCCAUUCUGCAAUAUGACAGUCCUGCAAUUACAAUUUCAAAGUACAAUGUUCUGCUUAAUCACUUGGAGAGAAGGAUUUUAGUUUGACUGGAUAAGCUGCCAUUUGCUGACAUGGAAGAGUUGGGAUCACAGCCAGCCUCUACGUGUGGGGACUUUAAACAGAGUGGGCUAGGACCAGUGACAAUUGGUGAUAAUUCUUCUUUUGAUUCCCUGUCUGCACAAACAGUAUUCACUAACUUGUCACUGCCUCUUACAACACUGCACAUUAUUACAAGCUGGUGCAAAAAAUUAAAAGACUGUAUUGUAUGUAGAGGUGGGGUAUUUAAAAAAUUAAAUUUAAUAAAAUAUAAUA